UGUCCCCGGAACCAUUUGAUUGUAACGCAAGCAGGUAACGCUAAUGCGGAAAUACUGCAUACAGGAAAAACAUUAGUUAAAAAUCAGAGCUAGGUAGGUCUGAUUUAAAAAAAAAAACUUUUAAAGUAAAUAUCAUGGCAGUGAGCGCGGUGCAUUUAGAGUCAGACGCUUUUCUAGUUUGUAUGAAUCAUGCCUUGAGUACAGAGAAAGAAGAAGUCAUGGGGCUGUGCAUCGGAGAGGUUGACACAAAUCGCAUUGUCCAUAUUCACUCGGUUAUUAUUCUGCGGAGGUCAGACAAGAGGAAGGAUCGAGUGGAGAUUUCUCCUGAACAGCUUUCUGCAGCCUCCACUGAAGCUGAGCGGUUGGCUGAGAUGACGGGGCGUCCUGUAAGGGUGGUGGGAUGGUACCACUCUCAUCCUCACAUCACCGUGUGGCCAUCGCACGUCGAUGUGAGGACUCAGGCCAUGUACCAAAUGAUGGAUCAAGGUUUUGUUGGUCUCAUCUUUUCUUGCUUCAUAGAAGAUAAGAACACAAAGACGGGUCGAGUUCUGUACACAUGUUUUCAGUCAGUGCAAGCCCAGAAAGGCUCCGAAUAUGAGAGAAUUGAGAUUCCAAUCCAUGUGGUUCCUCACGAGGCCAUCGGUAAAGUGUGUCUGGAAUCUGCUGUGGAACUUCCCAGAAUUCUCUGUCAAGAGGAGCAGGACACGUACAGAAGGAUUCACAGUUUAACUCAUUUGGAUCCGAUCACAAAGAUACACAAUGGAUCAGUAUUCACCAAAAACCUGUGCAGUCAGAUGUCAGCAGUCAGCGGCCCGCUGUUGCAGUGGCUGGAGGAUCGACUGGAGCAGAACAAAAAGAGCAUCAUGGAGCUGCAGAAAGAGAAAGAGAGACUGACCCAGGAGCUGGCCUCGUUAUGAACACCACCAACACCACCAUCACCAACACCGUCACCAACACCGUCACCAACACCGUCACCACCACCACCACGGUGCAGCUUCAGACCUCCAUGUUCUACACUCGUAAAGAAGCUGGCGCACUGAACACAGCGGCCUUUCUGCCAUUUUGCAAACUUGAGAUCAGUAACCGGUGGUUAUGAGGAGAGGAAGAAGGCAAACGGAUGAAGAGAUAGAGAGAUGUGGAGUAGAGAGAGAUACAGCGUCUGUCAGCGCCACUUUAUAAUGUUUAUUACACUGUUGUUGUUGACGUUGUCGAUGUUCUUGGCACAGUUUCUGCUGGUAGAUUGUUUUUCCGAAUCUUGCCUGAUGUGACAGAAAUGUAAAUAGAUUCUUUUUACUAAAUAUUUCUGCAUACGUUUUGUUCUACAUUAUAUCCUUUAUUUUUUUCCCAUUUAUGUUCUCAUGAACAAAAUGUAAUGGCAGUACUGUUUUGAUGUUUUUUUCCCCACACACACACAUACACACACACACACACACACACAAUGCACAAAAAUGUCAAAUUAUAAUAUUAUAAUGUUAAAUAAACUGGGAAAGUUAAAAAGUCUGUAGCAGGAAGUUCUCAAGCUUUUUACAGCGCAUCUCUUAUGUCCAUUUCACUUCUUUUAUUUUAAUCCCACUGUUAUUUAGGUGAUUUAG